GCGGCCCCGCUUGCAGCGUCAUCCUGAGGGGCCGGUUUGAAUGAGACCCCGAGGGAGGCAGGCAGGGACGCCGCGGAGCCGCUGCCGCCAACGCCCGCCCGCUCCCGCCCCGCUAACGCCGCUCGCAGCUAGCGCUACUGCCUGCCGCCCUUUCGCUUCCCCGCCGCCAACCGCGCCUUCCCAGGACACGGCGUGCCGCCCGCCCCUUCCGCCAUGCCGCUCUUCUCAGCGUUCCUGCUGAUGAUCCCAUUUCCAGCGUCACGAAUUGCACUUUCUUGGCCGAAUUUCACUUCACUACUUACUUCCACGUUUACUGGGGUCAGGGCCUCUGGAUCUGCAACUGCUUGUGUGAAUACUGUCAAAACUGAGGAAGGUUGCAGCGGUGGCAUCAUGGACGGCAGUCUGAGAUGAACCUUCCAUUGGUGUGCUAUUUUAUAGGUCUUGCCUUGAUGCACACUUGUCUCUUCAUGUAGCUCCACGUGAAUGACACUGGUAGUCAAAGCUAUGGCUGUCAAACAGUAGCUUUGCUUUUAAGGAACAUGGUAUUGUUUUCCAUUGAAGGAGAACGGAAAUGCUAUGGAAAACUGAACUGGAAUCACACAUCUGAACUUCCUUCAGAAAGUUCAUUUGUUUACAGUAAACAGCGCCAAGAGAUUGGGAGAGUUACUUUCAAACUGCUUUUGAGAAGACUUGCCUAAAGGAUUUUUGAUGCUGUUAUACACGUUUAUUGCUUGGAAAGUUUCUCAGUACAUAUAUUGCAUACAGUUGUUUUGUAAGAUAUUUUUAGACAUAUUGGAGGUAAUAUGUUCUGAUGGCUGAGCUGCCAUAUAGUCAGGGUGUCCCUUAGCUUGGUUACUGACAAGUUUUUGAAAGCUGAGUGUUCUGAGAUGGUAUAAACUCUGGAAUUUGAAAUACUGGGUUAAUCUUGGUAAUUACAUUCUUGUAUAUUAGGAAAUAAUCUAGUUUCAAAACAUUUUGUUUGCAGUUAAUGUGAAAUGGGGAAAAGAGAAAUUCGAUGGCGUGGAGCUUAACACUGAUGAACCUCCAAUGGUCUUCAAAGCCCAGUUGUUUGCACUGACUGGAGUUCAGCCAGCUAGACAGAAGGUUAUGGUUAAAGGAGGAACUCUGAAGGAUGAUGACUGGGGGAACCUAAAAAUAAAGAAUGGGAUGACCUUAUUAAUGAUGGGUUCUGCAGAUGCGCUUCCAGAAGAGCCAAUUGCUCGACCCGUCUUUGUAGAAGACAUGACAGAGGAGCAGUUGGCUUCAGCUAUGGAAUUACCAUGUGGAUUGACAAACCUUGGCAACACUUGCUACAUGAACGCUACGGUUCAGUGUAUCCGAUCAGUGCCAGAAGUGAAAGAGGCCCUUAAAAGGUAUGGUGGUGCCUUAAGAGCUUCAGGAGAAAUGGCCUCUGCUCAAUACAUUACUGCAGCUCUUAGAGACUUGUUUGAUUCCAUGGAUAAAACUUCCUCCAGUAUCCCACCUAUCAUUCUCCUGCAGUUUUUACAUAUGGCCUUCCCACAGUUUGCAGAGAAAGGCGAUCAAGGCCAGUACCUUCAACAGGAUGCCAAUGAGUGCUGGGUGCAGAUGAUGAGGGUACUACAGCAGAAGCUGGAAGGCAUAGAAGGUGAUACAGUUAUGGAGACAGACUCUGGAGCUACAGCAGCGUCUUCUAAAAAGAAGAGUUUAAUUGAUCAGUUCUUCAGCAUUGAAUUUGAAACAGCUAUGAAAUGUACAGAAGCUGAAGAAGAGGAAGUAACUAAGGGAAAGGAGAAUCUGCUUCAGCUCAGCUGCUUUAUCAAUCAAGAAGUGAAAUAUCUGUUUACAGGACUAAAAUUGCGCCUUCAAGAGGAAAUCACCAAACUAUCUCCAACACUGCAGAGAAAUGCACUCUAUAUCAAAUCUUCUAAAAUCAGUCGCUUGCCAGCCUACCUGACUAUUCAGAUGGUCAGGUUUUUUUACAAAGAGAAAGAAUCUGUGAAUGCCAAAGUUCUUAAGGACGUUAAAUUUCCUCUUAUGCUGGAUGUGUAUGAGCUGUGUACGCCAGACCUUCAGGAAAAAAUGGUUUCUUAUCGAUCAAAAUUCAAAGAUCUAGAAGACAAAAAAGUAAAUCAACAGCCAAAGAAUUCUAGUAAAAGCGAAGGUGCACAGAAAGAAGUUAAAUAUGAACCAUUUUCUUUUCCCGAUGAUAUCGGUUCUAAUAACUGCGGCUAUUAUGACCUGCAGGCAGUGCUAACACAUCAAGGCAGAUCAAGUUCCUCUGGGCAUUAUGUGUCUUGGGUUAAAAGGAAACAAGAUGAAUGGAUUAAAUUUGAUGAUGACAAAGUCAGCAUUGUUACACCUGAAGAUAUUUUGAGGUUAUCUGGGGGUGGAGACUGGCAUAUAGCUUAUGUUCUACUCUACGGGCCUCGCAGAAUCGAAGUAAUUGAAGACGAAGCUGAGCAGUAGUCUUCAGUUUUAGCCAUUCUGCCUAGGUGUGAAAUAAAUGUUGAUUACUGAUCACUUCUUUAACCCCAGAGCUUUUAGCAAGUGGAUAAGUAAUUUGUUCGAACCUUCUCUCAUGAAGAAGGGUAUGGGUUCAAAACUGCUCCAAGUACCAAUUUGCCGCUGCUGGACUGGACCGGGCUGCCCCUGGGGUGGUGACAAUUUUUAAAAUAGCUUUAAUGUCUUGCAGAAGAGAAAUUUUUUAAAUGAGCCUCUUCUUCCCCCCCUGCCCCCUCCUCUCUAAUGUCAUCAAGUAUUUAUUACACACCUACUCUCACAUUUGUUACUCUUGCAUGGUUUCUACCACAGUUCAGUAGCUGUCAAUCCUUUGCCUUACCUGGCAGGUUUGUUAGGAAGGUAGAAGAGCAACUGUUGCCUUGUUGUGUAACUCAGUGCUGCUGCCCAUAGCCAACAGCCAUGGCUCCAAUCAAGUAUUGUCCAGCCUGAUCUGCUGAUUCAGUCUGUUCUGUUGCUGGCACCUCAUGACUUCAAAAUAAAUUGUGAUCAACAA